CGCAUGGUAAACAUUGCCGCCCUCCAAAUGCCCCUUCCACUCCCUUCCUUCAUCACCUGCACGUUUCGCGUUUGUGUCCGUCUUGUGUGUUUACUUUCGAAUGUUUGUUGAGUUUUUAAUGAGUAACUGGGGGUUUUGAUGAGAAAAGUGAACAAGGUCCCUUUGUGACGGCAUAACAAUCUGCUACGGUGCUUCAUGCAGCAAACAACCAGGUCACGUGUAACCCUUUAGUGCUCCUGGGUCAGCAGCAGAGAUAUCAGUGAAAUGUUUGUUGAUUGACAUGAUGCCAAGCCGAGUCAACCCAAACGUGCGGAUGAUCCUUUUAUAACGUGUGAAGAUCACAGAGACUGGGGAGGAUGGCAAUACAGCCGAGGCCAAGGAAAAAUGUAUAUCCCUCACAAUUGCGAAUGGCAUAGUCCAGCAGAAAGCAACAAGAUGUCAUGGUGCAGAAGCAUGUAGCCCAGUGGCAGUACCCACUGUGAGGAUGUUCCAAGACCAGCUGAUGUCAACAUGAGGAGGAAACAUGCUAUGAUUCUCCUUGCUGCAUCCUGCCUAAUAUCUUGUCUCACAGUUUUCCUGAUCUCCACCUGGAUCUAUGAGGAUCCGAAAACGACAGGAUUAAGACACCCCAAAUAUGUCCCCAGCCAAAGAGCCAAGAUAGAGAAUCAGGACUCCUUGGAUCAGGACACCAUUCACACACCAUACAGGCACCCAUCUAUCGGACAACUGUUCCUUCAAGAGUACUGCAAUGUCCCCAAUGCGUCUGUCUCUGGGGAAGAAGGUGUGGCAGCGCCUGGUUACAAGUUGAAGUCGGUUCAGGUUGUGAUACGCCAUGGCGACAGAACGACACAGUAUGCCAUCCCUGAACUCAGCCUGGAACCGUGGAACUGCAGACUCGAUCCUGACAGGCUGCCCUCCCACACCAAGCUCCCAGCAUUCCUUGAGAGUCUGUCAACUUUGAAACCUGAGAGGGUAGACCGACAGUUGUACAAGUACUCUGCCUAUCCACAAGGAAAAGUGUGUAAUUAUGGCCAUCUGACACAGCAAGGGGUUGUACAGCAUAUGUACAAUGGUGAACACCUCCACAAGGUGUAUAUCAAGAAGUGA